AUGGCGAAAAAUACACUAGCAAUCUGUCUGAUGUUUCUAGUAGCAUCAAGUGUGGUCUAUGAGGCGCAAGGGACAUUCCUUUUAAAGAUGUAUUUGAAGAGGAAGCUUUUCCCGAGAAGGUGCGUCGACUUCACACCUUUCGCAUGCAAAGGUAUGUUGAUGCUGGCGAGCAACCUUGAAGGUGGAUGUCCGGCGACUAGAGAGUUCAAGAAUUUUUUUGUACAGUUCAAGUCGUACAUGUCCUUCAUCAGCUCCGUACAGGUCUCAUCAUCGAAAUCCAUCGAUGUUGAUUUGACAUCGAGAUGCGAGCUGCUCUCCAAGGCUAUGACUCUAUUGAAUGGUGCACAAUCAUCGAGUGACGAUUUCAAAAUGACCAUGUUGUCAAUGGGAAAGACUAUGGUGGAGCAGAAGAAGAGAGGUUCAAUGAUAAUGACAAUUUCUCAAAGGAAAGAGUUGGUCAUCUCUAUGGUGAAAUGGACUCGACUGGUCGCUACAUUGAUGAAGACAGCUGCCGAGAAGAAAGGAAAGUCCAUCGAUAUAUCAUCUUACGGACUCGACGUCGAUGUUAAUGCCAGUGUUGGAAGCUCGAGUGAAGCUUCUUCAUCCUCCCAAACCGAAAGCCAAAACACCGGAAGCCAAAACACCGGAAGCCAGAACACCGGAAGCCAAAACACCGGUUCCUCUUCCACAAGCCAGGGAUCAUCAGGAAGUGCCACAUCCAGCAGACAAGGAAGCCAGAGUUCCACUAACGGUGGAGCUGCUUCCUACAGUGGAGGUGGAAGUGGAAGCACUUACCAAGACACUACCGGUGGAUCAGGUUCGGGAAGCCCCAGUGGAAGUAGCCCGAGUGGAAGUCCCACCCCGAGUGGAAGUAGCCCGAGUGGAAGUCCCACCGGAAGCCCAAGUGGCUCAGCUUCUGAUAGUGGCUCAGCUUCUGCUAGUGGCUCAGCUUCUGCUAGUGGUGAAACCUCUGUGAAAGGAAGCGCUUCCAAGACCAAGGAAUCCAAAUCCGAAAGCAAAGGUGCAGCUUCUUCUGAGAGCAAACAAUCCAGCUCUGGAUCUUCGAGCCAAAGCGGAGGUGGAACCACAUACUCAGACACUACUGGUGCAACUUCUGGCAGCCCUAGUGGAAGUCCCACCGAAAGUCCCUCUGGAAGUCCCUCCGGAAGCCCAUCUGGCUCAGCUUCUCUUAGUGGUGAAACCUCCGUGAAAGGAAGCGCUGAAAGCAAAAGUGCAGCCUCUAGCGAAAGCAAAGGUGCAGCCUCCAGCGAAAGCAAAGGUGCAGCCGAGACCGAGAGCAAAGGUGCAGCUUCCACCGAAAGCAAAGGUGCAGCCGAGACCGAGAGCAAAGGUGCAGCCGUGACCGAGAGCCAAGGUGCAGCUUCCAGUACAACUAGUAGUAGUUCAUCAUCCACUUCAUCGGUGAAACAAGUCGAGACUGAAACUUCGAAAGAAGUUAUGUCAUUCAUAUCGGGACUCGAGCAGAAGUAUGCAUCAAAGGCAGAACUCAAGGUCUUCUUCGAGAAACUGAAGACUUCUAUGUCUGCUUCCUCCAAGAUUUCCACCACCGACACAAACAGCUUCCUCUCUGGAAUGAGAUCUGCUGUUGGGACACUAUCCCAAGCGAUGGGUUCCGUGCGUUCAAAGGCUACCAAAGAGGAGUCGAAGUCCAGCAUGCAGAGUAGCGAACAACAAGUGAUAAAGACUCUCAAAGAACUAGAAGACGUUAACAGUAAAAUCGUGAGCCAGAGUCAAGGCAAGACAGUGUCGUCGACACAACAGACAGAGCUUAAGCAGACACUCACUAAAUUCGAACAAGUCACGACCCAAUAUGUGGAGACUGCUGCUUCUUCAAGUUCAUCUUCAUCUUCGUCUCAGCAAGGCAUGGCGAUGAAGUCCCAGAGCCAGGCCAGUUAA